AUGAUCGCUCAUGCAAUACGUCCACCAGACCAACCACAACCAAGCACGAAUAGCGAUGGCAGGACAUCCUCGUCGAUCACCGGCCCCAGAUACUGCCCCGGGCCCGCUUCGCACGCGACCUCCAAAAACAUUCAAGGCAUGCCGGACAUGUCGGCGACAGAAGAUGCGUUGCGAGGGAUUGAGGAACUGGAAGCCGAAAUCCUGAGACUGCGGAGGCAGAAUGCGUCCACUUCAGCAACCCAUGAUGUUCCGACGGAGUCACUUUCCAGUGAACAAGUACGAACGCCUACGGCCAGCCAUGCCGCUAUCGACGCGCCCGAAAAUGGCAACACCGGCAUGGGGAAGCCUCAAAAUCCCUAUGCACUGGCUCCGCACGAUCUGGAUGCCCCCGUGACUGCCAUCCAUGCCAUGACUCCGGAAGCCCCUCGGCGUGUCGGCGGCCUGGACUGGGACGCGGGGCAAGCAACCCUGCUGCCGUCUAUUACACAGCCUCACGAUUUGGUCUCCGAAGGAGUGGUUGAUGAAUCGGUGGCCCGGGAAUUGUUCAACAGCUUCAUGACCGGCAGCAACACCUUCCUGCCCAUGCUGGAUCCCGUCCUGGACACCUUUGACUCCCUGCGUGUCCGCUCACCGUUCUGCUUUGCCGUUGUCCUGGCGACAGCAGCUCGUGUCAAGGAAGCAUCUAACCCCACGGACCCUGUGAGACAGGCGACCCAGAACGAGGCUCGCGUCCUGGCUGCCGAAACUCUGUUCAUUGGUGUGCCAGUCCUCGAGGAUGUCCAGGCGAUGACUCUCAUCGCGGCCUUUUCAGAGAGAACAUGGUUUGCAAUUGGACAUGCAAUCCAAAUGGCUCAGGUUUUGGAGCUCCAAAAUGCUCUGCCGCAGCUCUUGCAUAGUACCCGCUCUCGUUCCACCGACUCGCAGAAGACGGAGAGACUGCUUGCACGACAGGCAAGAAUAUGGCUAAUGGUGUCGUUCAUUGAAUGGGAAAUUGCUGCUGGCACGGCUCGUCGUCCGCGUCUCGAAGCCAUUGAUGUUGAGACGCUGAGAGCAUUUGCGACACAUCCAACUGCAAAUGCAUCGGAAUCCCGAGUCGUCUCGCUUUUAGAGCUGGUUAUCUUGAGAGCACAAAUGCAGAAAGACAUCGAGGAUUCCGAGAAAUCAUUACCCGCGGUCAUGGCCAAGAUCCGUUCGAUAUGUAAUCGAUUCGAUUCCUGGUGUUCCUUCUGGGACGGCACCUUUGCAGAUGCUGGGUAUCCCCAACCUUCUUUCCAGCGCACCAGCUUGUACAUGUCCAGGGAAUACGCAAAAACGUUUACAUGCUGUGCUGCUCUGCGCCAGAUCCAACCCCCUUCGUCUCCGCAGACCUCUGCGGCUUUUGGCGCGGCUAAUCUGGACUCUGUUGCCUCAGAGCUACUAUCCUACGUGAUGAGUGUCAUGUUCAAUCAACUAACCUUUCUUGUACAAAACUCGGCCUACAAGUGGCACCUGAAAUGGGCGCCUACGUAUACUGCCUUGACCAUCGCUUUCACGUGCGUCCUUGCACUCAAGAUGUCGAAGCUCAGGCCCGAACUCAUUGAUCAGUCCCGCCUGGAGCCCUUGGCCAAAGAGGUCGCAAAGUUGUUGCAGACACAUCCUCACCAAAACUUUCACCAUGUGAUCCGUCUGUUGAUGGCCGUUCCGCAGACUAUACAUGCCGUGCCACCAAACAACCAAACGAGGGGCCCGGAAAAUGUAACGGGAGAAGAUAUUCAGACGGCGUAUAAUGAUGGAAAUGUUCCUCAAUUCUCUACCAGGCCUUCUCGCGGUGACCAAGUAUCACAAGCCCUCGACAACCCCACGAGCUACAACGCAAUCUAUCCUGAGACAGGCGGUGACAACUUGCAGCUCGAGACGCACAACAGCCAAGACUCGAAUUCGAACAGAUAUCGUGGCUGGAUCGAGAACUGGAGUAAUCUCGACUCAAGCUGGUUGUUGGACGGAACCUCGAUUGGUUCUUUCGGCCUCCCGAACAAUGGCAAUGCGAGUGUAUUUGACUUCGACCUGCCCAUGGGAUUCCAAGACUAUCGAUAUGAGUGA